CAUCAACGUCAACCUUGACAUCCACCUUGUAUCCACCACACCAAAUAAUUGCGGCAUCAUGAAUUGGAUCCGAGCGUUCAGAUAGCCAAACAUAUUUUAUCCUGCUCGAAAACGAGUCUGUCAUGUACAAGAAAUGGUCAUUACCAGCAGUGGGAUUUUACUCUAAGCUACUUGCUGGAAUGGAGAGGUGUUUGCACUUACCGAAAACCCUGAGCCUCGUUUCUGGUCAAGCUUUCAAGCCUGGCGAUUGAGGUGGACGGCCGCCGCGGCAUCCCGUCAAACUACUGGAGGCAACAAAGUGCCAUAAUUUGAAGGCUUCUGCCCAUUUCGCCUUCCCCCAUCUUUGUUCUUUCUAUCCAUGAUGCCGCCACCCCAAGCCAAAGCAUGGUCGUUGGUAGUGAUCUUGGAGGCAGCACUUGUACCCAGAGGUGCCUUUGCGCAGAUGUCCACUGUGACAUGCUUGUCCUCCUUUGGUUGGAUGAACAACAGUCUCGGGCAGGAUCCUUGCUUCGUUGCUGCCUACCUUCAGAGCGCCUGUGAAGCUACGACGAUCGAUCCUCUACCUCCCGGUUACAUUUACGCAGCUCCCUCGGCCGCUCUAGCAAACCCUUGCGUAUGUAGUACGGUAACCUACUCGAUGCUUAGCGCUUGCGCCGACUGCCAGAAUGCAACAUAUCUGAAAUAUCCGAUAAACAUUCCCACUGGUAUCAAGGUCCCGAAUUGGGCAUAUUUGAGCGUGUCCGGUGCCAGUGGGUUCGACCCCGUCGCAGCGCAAAGCAACGGAGACCUCCCGGAAUCUACCGCAACUAGUGGUCCUACUAUCACAGUCACUUAUUCGACCACCAUAUCUGCUUCUUUGACCAGCGUGUCUGCUUCUUUAACCAGUUCUUUGGGCGCAGCCACAGGAUCUUCGACGACAUCAUCAACUAACUCGAAAAGUUCAAACGUUGGAGCUAUAGCUGGGGGUGUUGUUGGUGGAAUUGCAGGAGUUGCAGCCAUCAUUGGCCUUGUGACAUGGUACUUUGUCAAACGCCGCCCCUCCUCCACAACGCCAUCAGCCGCUUUCAAUGACAUAGGCGGAGGUCCAGGCCACACUCAAAGUUUUUACUCCACCAACACUACUACAUUCCCUAUGGCGCAGCAAUCACGUCUCUACGACCCCUCUGACCCGACCACUUUCCCAGGUCGUCCUCACUCCUUCACUGGCCCAGUCGCCACAUCUAGCAACGUACACCUAAACCCAUCGAUGCCCUCACCCGUCUUUUCCCGACAGUCGCAUCCUGGACAGUACGCUGGCAUUCCACAGGUCUAA